CUGACCAUCAGAAGAAGUUCUAUUCACCAUCAGACAUGACCGUGGUGUCAAGCCAGGCCACAGGGCUUCAAUGCUAUCCAGCGGAAGCAAGCGUUACUUUCACUGGAUCAGGAGAUCCAAGUGGAGGCAUAUGUCCAUGAUCCUCAAAAGCAGCUAAUUGGAACUCUGGUGUUGGAGGCUGACUUCCUGCAGAAGAAGAGCACCACCAACGAGCCCUACAACACAGACCAGAUGGCCGCAUCCUUCAUGGAGCAGUUCCCACGUCACGGGUUUACUGUCGACCAACCACUGGUAUUCAAGUUCCAAGACAAAACGCUCUCCAUCCUUGUCAAAGAGAUUGAAGCGGCGGACCCAGAGGCUGUUGCAUCUGGGAAGAAGAGGGAGCCAAAGAAGAUCCACUUUGGAGUCCUCCAGGCUAAUUCAAGCAUCAUUUUUGAAAAGAGUGAAGGUUCUUUCUUGAUCCUCACAGGAAAAGCAAAAGCACGGACAACCCACACAAGCCUGUUCUCAGCUGACUGGGACUUCCAGAAGAUGGGCAUAGGUGGUUUGGAUGAGCAGUUUGUCCAGAUUUUGAGGAGAGCAUUUGCAUCAAGGGUUUUCCCACCAGAAGUUGUUGAACAGUUGGGUGUUAAGCACGUAAAGGGCAUCUUGCUUUAUGGACCUCCAGGUACUGGAAAAACUUUGAUGGCCCGUCAAAUUGGAAAAAUGUUGAAUGCACGUGAACCAAAGAUUGUUAAUGGCCCUGAAAUUCUAGACAAGUAUGUAGGAGAAUCAGAGGCUAAUGUGCGACGUCUUUUUGCUGAAGCUGAGGAAGAAGAGAAGCGAAUGGGCCCAAAUUCUGGCCUUCACAUCAUUAUCUUUGAUGAGAUUGAUGCUAUUUGUAAACAGAGAGGAUCAGUUGCAGGCAAUACUGGUGUAAAUGAUACUGUAGUUAACCAGCUCUUGUCUAAGAUUGAUGGUGUUGAACAGCUGAACAACAUUUUGGUUAUUGGGAUGACCAACAGAAAGGACAUGAUUGAUGAGGCUCUGUUGAGACCUGGCAGAUUGGAGAUCCAGGUAGAAAUCAGUCUGCCCGAUGAACAAGGCCGUUGUGACAUCCUUAAGAUCAAGACUGCCAAGAUGCGAGAGCACAACAAACUGGAUCGUGAUGUAGAUCUUGCAGAGGUUGCUUCUCUCACCAAGAACUUCUCUGGAGCAGAACUGGAGGGUUUAGUAAAAGCAGCUUCAUCAUCAGCUCUGAAGAGAUAUACACCUGGGAACAAGAUUGAAGUGGAUCCAAAUGCCAUUGACAAGCUGAAGAUCACAAGAAGUGACUUCAUUUACUCUCUAGAGAAUGAUGUGAAGCCAUCAUUAGGGACCAGUGAUGAUGCCCUGGCCAAGUAUAUUGAAAGAGGAAUUAUUAACUGGGAGCCAAGGGAACUAGUGGAAAAAGGUCUGAUGUUUGUAAAGCAGGCCAGAUCCCCAGAAACAAGCAAUCGUUUGUGUCUUCUUUUGGAGGGGGCACCAACUGCUGGAACAUCAGCACUGGCAGCUUACAUGGCCAAAAAUUCUGAUUUCCCCUUCAUCAAGGUUAUUGACUCACGAGAAAUGGUUGGUUUCAUGGAAUCUUCAAAAUGUCUUCGUAUCAGCAGGAUUUUUGAUGAUGCUUACCGCUCUGAACUGAGCUGCAUAUUCUUGAAUGACCUAGAACAUCUCAUGGGUUACUCACCCAUUGGCCCAAGAUACCAGAGUCUAGUGCUUGAUGCCAUGUACUCCCUUCUCUCUGCUUCUCCACCAAAAGGCCGCAAAUUACUUGUCAUCUGUACAUCAAAACGAAGAGCAGUACUGGAGGAACUGGGUCUCCUGUCAGCAUUUACAGCUGUCAUCAGAGUCCCAUACAUUGCACAUCAGGAGGAUAUCAGACUAGUGCUUGAAGAAUCAGGUGCUUUGUCUUCAGAAGAAGUAAGUGUAGAUGCAUAGGAAUAAUCCUGAAGA